AUGGCUUUGGCUCGUUUGGCUCUGAGAAACGUUCAACAAAAGUUGUCUCCUACUUUGAUGGGUCCAAGUGGUGAAAGAUGUUUGGUCGGGAAACAACAUAGCCAGAGUAAGCUACACAGAUUCAUGGCUAGUUCGAGUGGUGAACAAGAGGAAAAUAAGAAUACGCAAGUGAGUGUGUCCGAGAAGAAGUCUCCUAAACGUACGUUUCCCAGGAGACGUGGUCGGAAGAGUCUCUGGCGUACCACCGACUAUCAUGAUUACUUCGCUCCCGCACUGAAUGGGUUCUUUCCUCCAAGUCUAGGUAAUGCUCUGAUGCAAGCAACGGAGAACAUAAACAGGAUCUUCGACAGCUUCAACAUCAGACCCUCUCAACUAAUGGGUCAAGUGAAGGAGCAGGACGACUGUUACAAGCUAAGGUACGAGGUUCCAGGGCUAACCAAAGAUGACGUGAAGAUCACGGUAGAUAAUGGAAUUCUGAUGAUUAAAGGAGAGCACAAGGCGGAGGAAGAAGAAGGAUCACCUGAAGAAGACGAGUACUGGUCUUCAAGAAUGUAUGGUUACUACAAUACCAGCUUGUCUCUGCCAGAUGAUGCUAAGGUUGAAGAAAUCAAGGCGGAGCUCAAGAAUGGUGUGCUUGAUCUUGUGAUUCCUAGGAUGGAGAAGCCAAAGAAGGAUGUUCGAGAGAUUUCAGUUGAGUAG